UCCAGGAAGUAACAAUCUCAGUAGGCCAGAGUUGAAACGUUAAACAAUAUCAGUUACGUACACACGAUAGAAAGUUUGUCGUCGGAAGGAGACUCUUGCGAAUCAGCCAUGAAUCCUGAUAUUAUCCGUGAACGGCAAAACGCCACAUUUAAUCCGGAGAUCCUCACAAAUAUACUGGACGACAGUGCAGAAAAGACGCGCAGGAGGAGAGAAAUAGAAUCUCUGGUUAUUAACGAUCCAGACUUUCAGCAUGAAGACCUAAACUUUCUUUCCCGAAGUGAGAGAUAUGAUGCGGCAUUAAAGAAGAGCGCUCAGAUGAUUGUCAAGAUUAGAGAGCAUGGGAUCUCCGACCCAGAUGAGAUCUAUAGCUACAAACGUGUUGCGAGAGGCACAUUCCAAGACCCUGUCGGGGUUCACUAUGUCAUGUUUAUACCCACCUUAAAAAGCCUGGGUACUGUUGAACAAGCCAAAAAGUGGAUCCCGUUAGCUGAGUCAUUCCGUGUGUUAGGCACCUAUGCUCAGACAGAGCUGGGCCAUGGUACACACAUCCGUGGUCUUGAAACCACAGCGACCUAUCAUCCUGCCACUCAAGAGUUUGUUCUGAACAGUCCAACAAUCUCCUCUAUUAAAUGGUGGCCAGGGGGAUUGGGUAAAACUUCCAAUCAUGCUGUGGUCCUGGCUCAGCUAUACACUCAGGGCAAGUGUUAUGGUCUACAUGCUUUCAUCACACCCAUUCGCUGCAUGAAGACACACAUGCCACUUCCAGGUGUGGUGGUUGGUGAUAUUGGGCCGAAAUUUGGUUUUGAUGAGGUGGACAAUGGGUACUUGAAACUGGAGAAUGUGAGGAUUCCACGUGAGAAUAUGCUGAUGAAGUAUGCAAAGGUUGAGCUAGACGGGACAUACGUGAAGCCUCCCAGUGAUAAGCUCACAUACGGAACCAUGGUGUUUAUUCGCUCGAUGAUAGUUGGGGAGUCUGCACAAGCUCUCUCCAAAUCCUGCACCAUCGCCAUCCGCUACAGCUCAGUCCGACAUCAGUCUGAACUACGCCCAGGAGAACCAGAGCCACAGAUAUUGGACUAUCAGACCCAGCAGUAUAAACUCUUUCCUCUUCUCGCCACUGCAUACGCUUUCCACUUUGUGGGCCAGUACAUGAAAACAAUAUACCAUCGCAUCACCGGGGACAUUAAUGAGGGGGAUUUUAGUGGGAUGCCAGAGCUGCAUGCGUUAUCUGCAGGUCUGAAGGCUUUUACAACCUGGGUAGCGAAUGCAGGCAUUGAAAUGUGUCGCAUGGCAUGCGGCGGUCACGGUUACUCCCGCUGCAGCAGUUUACCUGACAUUUACGUCACUUUUACACCCACCUGCACCUAUGAGGGAGAGAAUACUGUCAUGAUGCUGCAGACAGCCAGGUACUUGGUGAAGAGUUAUAAGCAAGCCCGGGCAGGACAGCAGUUGAACGGCAUCAUGUCUUACCUGAAUGAACCUCAGCACACGAUACAGGCUCAGUCUGUGUCAUCACGUCCCUUCAUGGUCAAUAUUAAUGACCUGGCUAGUCUUGUAGAAGCCUACAAACUUAGAGCCGCCAAGUUAGUUGAAACGGCAGCUAAGGGCAUCCAGGUGGAGCUACAGCAUGGCAAAAGCAACGAGGAUGCCUGGAACAACACUUCCAUCGAUCUAGUCCGAGCAUCUGAUGCUCAUUGUCAUUAUGUGGUGGUAAAGUUGUUUGCUGCUAAACUGAGUGAGAUUGGAGACACAGCCGUUCACUCUGUGAUCAGCACUUUGGCUCUUCUUUAUGCCCUUCACGGAAUUGCACAGAACUCUGGAGACUUCCUACAGGCCGGUAUACUAAGUGUUCCCCAGCUGUCUCAGAUCUCUCAGAGACUAAAGGGUCUACUCUCUGAGAUCAGGCCCAAUGCAGUGGCUCUGGUGGAUGCCUUUGACUACCGUGAUGAGAUGCUCAAUUCUGUUCUGGGUCGAUACGAUGGCAAUGUCUACGAGCACAUGUUUGAGUGGGCCAAGAGGUCCCCUCUUAACCAUACAGAGGUACAUGAGUCCUUCCACAAGUAUUUGAAGCCCCUACGGUCGAAAUUGUGAGCAGUUACCAUUAAGCCUAUCUGGAGAUCAGCUCUCAGUGACUUCUAGAAAGUUCCUUCUGCUCGUCUCACGAAUGAAUGCUGCUGUCAGAGAUUGGAUUAUUUUCUUGUGCAACUGGAAAUGAUUUAUUUCAGCGCAUUAUGUUUUGAUUGUCCUCUCUGUGCACUUAAAAUAAUCAUUAUUCCAUGUGUAUUAACUUCAACUUCCAUGACUUUUACAAUUGAUUCGAUUUCUCCCUUCAUUCAUUUUAUUUGUUUUUGUCUUUCCAGAGGAUGUUUACUUAUAUAUUGGCUGAAAUAAAUUGAUCCAGAAUCAACUACCUGUAGUAAACAACAUGUAUGUUUUCAUGUAGGAUAUGAUUAAAGUCUCAUUGUGUGACUUGACAAAACUGACUUUACAAUGACGUUUUUAAACACUGUAAAUAAUCUUUGGAGGGAUUUUGACUUGGAAUUCAUGAUUUGAGAGUCAGAAAUGUUUUCCUUAGUUGAUUUAGCCACGAGCACUGUAAUAAUACUAACUGCAAGGAUUUACGCAGCUUUAUUUACUGUAGGUUCAUUAUGAUUAUUGACCAGAUCAAAACUUUUAAUUGUUCACAUGUACUUUCAACUCUUAUUUUCUAUUAAUAAAGGAUAUAUUAACA